AUGGCUAAGUUCCCAGAAGUACAAGGUGGAGGUUCAUUGAUACUCGCUUGGCAAAUUAGAGACAAGCAUGUUCUAGUCGUAGGGGGUGGGGAGGUUGCUGCAGGACGCAUCCUCAACGCUCUCGAUGCUGACGCCCGGGUUACUGUUGUUUGUCCAGCCGCUGGACUAAAUGAAGAAGUGGCUUUCAGAGUGACAGAAAAGCAAGUCACACACGUUGAUCGAAACUUCGAGCCAUCCGACCUCGACAAUGUGGACAUGGUGCUAUGUGCCAUCGACGACCCUGAAGCUUCAACGCAGGUCUGGAAACUCUGCAAGCAGAGGCGAAUUACUGCCAAUAUUGCUGAUGUCCCACCUGAAUGUGAUUUCUAUUUUGGAAGUGUUCACCGCGAUGGGCCAUUGCAGAUUAUGGUGAGCACAAAUGGGAACGGGCCUAAGCUAGCCAGUAUUGUGCGGAAAAAGAUCGCAGAGACUUUGCCAUUGAACAUGGGGGCAGCUAUUGAGAACGUGGGAAAACUACGGAAGAAGCUCCGAGAGGUUGCGCCGAAGCCUGACCAAGGCCCCAAGAGAAUGAAAUGGAUGUCCGGCGUCUGCGAAACAUGGAAUCUCGAUGAUCUUGUACAGAUGUCAGAAAAGGACAUGGACAGCAUAUUAUCCUUUUAUGAGUCGGGUAAGAUUCCUACUCCAGAGGAAGUGCAAAAAAAGUAA